ACAUCAGUGUGGUGAUUCGGUGCAGGGGCUGAGUGCAGACUGGAAGUUUAGGCUGAGCCAUGGAGACGGUAAAUGAAAUAGAUGCAGGUGAAGGGGGCAAAGAUUCAGUCGUUGCAAAGCAGGAGAAAAAUGGUGAAUUCUACCUGCAGGAUGCUGAUGACAAGCUGUCAGAAUCAACAGAUGAUGAUAGUGAAGAUGGCAAUGAUGACGGCAGUAACCCUAAAAGGAAUAUCCGCGCCCCGUUAGAGUUAAUGGCAGAAUUCCUGAGAGCAGAAAUGAGCCGAGACUACCAUCUGGCGAAAAAGUUAUGUCAGAUGAUCCUCAUCUACGAGCCAGAAAAUCCAGAGGCCAAGGAGUUUCUCUCACUGAUCGAGGAGAUGCUGCUGAAGGAGAAAGCGCAGCAUCUGGAGGAGGAGGAAGUUAGUGAAGAAGACAGCAGUGAGGAGAGCCAAGAGGACAGCAGUGAGGCCGGGAGCAGCGAGAGCUCUGGCGAAGACGAGCCUCAGGAGUCGCCGUGACAGUCCCAGCUCCUUACUACGGCGUGCCGUGCAAAUACACAGCUGCCUUUAGU